AUGCUUACUCAGGCAUUUCGUUCUUUUAGCGCAGCCAAAAAGCCACUAUUCAAUAUCACAUCCGCUGCUGCCAGAGAAAUUACUAAUAGAUUAAAAGCCGACUUCGAAAAUAAAAUGUUUCGUGUCAAUUUAAAGUAUGGCGGACCUGCUGGCUUAAUUUACGAUUUUGGAUUUGAUUCAAAGGCAAAAUCCAACGAUAAUGUUUUCGUCAAAGAUGGCGCAAAAGUAGUUUUGGAUAAUAACGCUAUGGAUUACCUCAAAAACUCAACUCUUGACUUCGCUAGCGAUUCUAACUCAUCUUCCUUUAAGAUUGUCCUUCCUACAAAACCUAAUGUUCAUUGGUGCACUUGUGGCAAUCGUUCCGAUAAAGUUGAGUGCACAUGCUUCUUCGCCGGUUUACCAAACUAA